UUCGCAGUUAAAGUAUAGUCACGAUGAAGGGUUGCGCAUACUUUCUUGUUUGCUGCGUUAUCAUUACGCUAGUUGUUGGAGAAAGUAGUAAAGACGAGGCAUCCUGUAAAAAAUCAGGUGGUUUUUGCACACUUAGAAGCGAAUGCGCUCAUUCUGACAGUUCUUGCAUCAACCAGGAAGGAAGCGAUUCUGUCUGUUGCUUCAGAAGUGCAUUGGACGAUUGUUCAGCUGUUGGUGGAGAAUGUCUUACCGGAGAAGAAUGCGGUAACGCUCCCAGAAAUACAUUGGCUCAAUGUCCAGAUCACCAAGUGUGCUGUAUCCUGACGUCACUAUCGAGCGAAUAA